GGGUAGAGUGGAGUUGUUCUUCUUGAUAUUUAGCUCCGUUCAUCCUUCUUUCCAGCUCCUCAUCAUCAGAGCUCCGGGUUCAACCAGACAAAUAAAGCUACUACUAUUUCAAUCAAACCAAAGUAGUUCUGAUUGUCACAAUGUCUCCCCUCGUUUCGCGUGUCGUCCGCUCCACCGUCGCCUUUCGACCUCUCCCCGCGGCUCAGCGAAGCCUCCGCACCUCGAGCAUCCUCCGCGAUACCGAACCUUACCAAUCGAAGCCACCACAGCAGAGUCGUGACCACAACAAGCUUCUCGGCGCUGGCGCUGUCCUCAUCGGUGCCACUUUCUUCUGGUUCUACAGAGGAGGCAAACCCGCGGCCUUUGAUGCCUCUGGCGAGUCUACAGGCAUGAAGUCGGCUACAAAGUAGAUCACAAUGGUGCCAAUAUUUAAGCAUUGAGCUGUGGUGAUACUCGAUCGAAGGAACAAAAUGUUGAUCGGCAACGAGUGGGCAGACAUACAUGCAUCUUUGAUUUUAUGUCCGAAUUAGCCUCUGACGUUGCAACAUGAAUUGAUGGAAAUUGAUGGAAAUUGAUGAAAAACUUCCAUUCUAUAUAG